AUCUUCACUUUCCGCACGCGUCACCUCUCCGUGGCGCUUCGCGAGCGAGGCAAGCGACGCAGUUGCGUGUUGUCCAAGGGGUGUUCUCGAAAGCGGGCUUCUACGGGAACCGUGCCAGUAGGUGCCGGAGAAUAGGCUCAAGUUCCUCAAGAAUGGAAUGGAAGGAGCGAUUCUAUCAGCAGUACCAGGAAGUCGACGGUUUCUACAUCAGCAAGAGCUUUCCCGUGGAGUGCGUGCGCUCAGCUCUCCGCUACAAGGCGCAGCCGGGUGACCUAUUCAUCGUCAGCUACCCAAAAUGUGGCACAACAUGGAUGCAACACAUUGUCUAUAAUAUCAUAAACAAUUACCCUCCCCCGAAAAACCAGCUGCUCAGCUGGAUGGAAAUGCCUUUCCUCGAAGCACAGGGAGCCGAAUCAGUCGACGACAUGAAGAAACCCGGUCCAAUCAAGACCCACAUGUCCUUUCGGUUCCAGCCUUAUUCGAAAGACGCCAAGUAUAUUUACGUAGCGAGAAACCCGUACGACUGCUGCGUCUCCUACUUCUACCACACGAGAGACAUGCCCGAAUACAACUUUCAAGACGGCACCUUCGAUAAGUUCUUCGAGAUGUUCCUGGAGGGCAAGGUCGACUUCGGUGACUACUUCGACCAUUUGCUAUCGUGGUAUGAACAUCGAGAUGAUCCGAACGUCCUGUUUGUUACCUACGAGCAGCUGAAGAAGGAUGUGCGAGCGUGGGUCUUCAAAAUUGCCGACUUCAUCGGGGAUGAGUACGGACAGAAGCUCCGGGAUGACAACGGUCGGUUAGAGAACGUGCUGACGAACAUUAGCUUGAAAAGUAUGAGAGAAUGUGUGAAUGAGUCCAUGCAAACCUCAUUCGAUGUACUACAGGCUGCGAUCGGCAGGAACGUGCCAAAGUGGAUCGCUCUGCUGAAGGAAGCCGUCGGAGCCGAAGCCUGUGAAAAGCCAAUGUCCGGAGAUUUCGUUCGCAAGGGCGUCGUAGGUGAUUGGCGAAACCACUUUUCGGAAGACCAGGUCAAGCGGCUACAAAAUAGGAUUGAGGAAAAGACGCGAGGAUCUAAUGUAAUGCACUUGUGGGAGGACGUAGAUAUUCCGCACUAGAAGUUUUUCCUUGACUGUAGAGAAUUUCUAGAAAUUCGUACCGUUAAAAAGUCCCUAAACCACUCCGAUUUCAAAGAUGUGGGAAUGGUUUCUUUCUCGCAUUCACUACCCUUCCUACUCGCGAUAGGUCUUCCUCGCCACGUAUUUAUUCAUAAAUCACGUCUGAAACGUAAGCACUAAGCUUUGAGCCUAUCAGGAUUUCGCGCCUUUCGGCUACACGGUGUUAUCUCCGCUUGAAAAGUUUAAAAGACUCAAAAACGACGUGAAAUCAGUCCUGCAGGCUGUGAGGCAAGAAAGAACGGGUGGGCUACUGCAUGGUAAAGCAGAGUAAGAGACAAUUUACGACUGAUAUUUCCGGCCUAUGAACCAAUCAGGAGUAUGUACCCUAGGGACGUCACUGAAUCACCGUUCUGUCGUCACGAAAUGCGCUAAAAAGGCGAGAAAUGCCGAGAGAGAAUAACGCGUUCGUUUCUUUCUUUUUUUUGUAUUUUCAAAGACUCUUUAGGGGUCCUUUAAUGAAAUGCGAUUGAAUCAUGCAUUCUAUCCUUAUCCUUAAUUUAGUUCGUUGUAAUUCGUUCUUCAUUUGAAAGGCAAUGCACAUAGUAUGUUCGAGCAACGACAGGACUUCGCCGUAAUAAAGUGUGUUCUUGAACGUU